UAAGAAACCAUAUUGAUGACCAGAAAUGGAACAGCAGCAGCUCAGGAGUCCAACGAGAUCCUCCACCCUGCAGCCAGCAAGUUUGGAAACCACAGAGCAAACCAGCAAGUCCAGAGACCAGCAGCUGUCCGACAGGAGGAGCCACCUUUCCUUGAACCGUUGUCUUGGAGAUUUCCAGAGGAACCAACUAAAGAUGAACCUCAUUUCCCUCCAAACUUUGAGUUGAGAACUACAGUGGCACCUGACAGCAUCAAAGUCAUCUGUGGGGACAACUCUAUCAGAGUGGAAGCCAAGAGAGACCUGUUGGGGAUUGGUGUUCUGGUUCAGACUGCAGAUGUCACACUGGGAGGAUGUGCUGCCACAGAGGAAGACCCCAAGGCUCAGAUCCUAAUCUUUGAGUCUGAGCUUCAUGGUUGCGGCAGCCAGUUACUGAUGUCUGAGGAGGCAUUCAUUUAUGUGUUCACACUGCUCUACACGCCCAGCCCUCUGGGCAGUCCCAUCGUCCGAACUAUAGAUUUCUCUGUCAGCAUCGAGUGUCACUACCGGAGGAAGAAUGAUGUGAGCAGUGACGUGCUGAAGCCAACUUGGGCUCCUUUCAGUGAGACCAACGCAUCAGAGAGUCUCUACUUCUCCCUCAGAUUAAUGACUGAUGACUGGCAGUUCCCUCGUUCAAGCACUCAGUUUUUUCUGGGAGACAUGAUAAAGUUUGAAGCUUCAGUUGAACAGUUUCACCACGUCCCUCUCAGAGUAACUGUAGACAGCUGUGUGGCAACUGUGGUCCCAAAUGUGGACACUGUCCCUCGAUACGCAUUCUUGGGAAAUAAUGGGUGUAUGUUUGACGGUCAGCUGACAGGAUCCAGCUCUCGCUUCCUGCCUCUCUCACAAGACAAACUACAAUUUGAGUUGGAGGCCUUCAGGUUCCAGCACGGAAACAGUGAUGUGAUAUACAUUACUGCAGCCUGAAGGCCACAGAAGCUGCUGCAAAUGU